GUACGUCGAAAUUCAGGUGAAAAAUGGGAUCUUGUGGCAAAAAGAGUUCGAGAAAGUCAACAUCUUGCGGUCACAGGAGCAGGGCAUCAUUUCAAGCUAAAGGCUAUAGCAGAAAGUCAAGUUCUUGCGGCCACAGGAGCAGGACGUUUGUUGAAGCUAAAGCUAAAGGCUAUAGCAGCGCAGGGCGCAAUCCCUUCUUCCAAUACCUCGCCUUCUAUCGGAAACGCAACAGGAAAAGGCUGGGCCAUCUUCCAUCGUGUAAAGUAGCCCUACUGGCCGGUCGCCGGUGGACGCGUAUGAGCCCGGAUCAGCGGGAACCCUUCAUCUCUGCUGCGAACAGCUUCAGUUACACGUAUCGGCCGCGGAGCAAAAAAGUGAACUGGGUGCUGGGAAACCUGCAAGAGUACCUGUCCGGGGGAGAGUGCCAAGCGGCGGCCCUGUGGAAGCUGAUGAGGAGCCUGAAGUCCUGGCAGCAGCAUUGCGUGCUCAAUGACCGGACGUCCGAGAAAAACGAGACGGAAGCUGGUUGAAUAGGUAGUUUAAACUUUAAUAAAUGAUCGAUCACUCGAAGGGUAA